AGAGACAGUGGCGAAUUUUGUGGUGAACCUGGUGGUCAGCGGUUCUACUUCGAUCUUCGAACAAAAAAAUGUCAACCGUUCUACUACAAGGGCUGUGGUGGUAAUCAGAACAGAUUUGAUACCAAAGCCAAUUGUAUGAUGAUGUGUUCAAAUAGCAAGGGGAGCACAGCCACUGCUAUCAACGCUGUGUGCAAAUCGGGUGCGUAUGCUGCUGGGGCGACGUCUCUACCCGAGCCUCUUCCCUGUUCGGAAUGUCCGAAAGGAUACAAAUGUGAAGAUGGGAUUUGCUGCCCAACAAAAGACUACUUAUGCGAUCUACCAUAUGAUGCUGGUAGAUUCGGCGACCAAGGAUCACACAGACCACGGCAAGUGCUUUUUAAUUCCUUUUUCGGUAGUGAACAUAAGACAAAAACGUGUGCUGAAGGCAAAGGGAUGCUACUGGGGAAGACCUAUAAAGUUGCUUUCAUCCGAUACUUCUUCACCAGAAGUUACAAUAACUGCAUGCUAUUCACGUACUAUGGACGAGAUGGAAAUGCGAAUAAUUUUGAGACGUACAAUGAGUGUAAAGCAAUGUGUAUGUCAUGA